CACAAAAAUGAAACACCACAUAUAUAAACGCACCUUGAAUGUCUCUGUUUCCUUCGUCGUCUCUCCAUUGAUCCCUGCAAUAAGAUCGCAGAGGAAAGCACCGGCAGCUUACAAGCAUGGUGCACGUCUCUUUUUAUCGCAACUAUGGGAAAACAUUUAAGAAACCAAGACGUCCCUAUGAGAAGGAGCGUUUGGAUGCUGAGCUGAAGCUUGUUGGGGAAUAUGGUCUCCGCUGCAAAAGAGAGCUUUGGAGGGUUCAGUAUGCAUUGAGCCGCAUUCGUAAUGCAGCAAGAAUGCUUCUCACCCUUGACGAGAAAAACCCACGUCGUAUUUUUGAGGGUGAAGCACUGCUGAGGAGGAUGAAUAGAUAUGGACUUUUGGAUGAGAGCCAGAACAAACUCGAUUAUGUGUUGGCCUUGACUGUGGAGAACUUUCUUGAGCGCCGUCUUCAAACUCUUGUGUUCAAGUCUGGUAUGGCUAAGUCUAUCCACCACGCCAGAGUGCUCAUCAGGCAAAGGCACAUUAGGGUUGGGAGACAGGUAGUUAAUAUUCCCUCUUUUAUGGUGAGGGUUGAUUCGCAGAAACACAUUGAUUUCUCACUCACAAGUCCAUUCGGUGGUGGUCGCCCUGGUAGAGUGAAGAGAAAGAAUCAAAGGGCUGCCAGCAAGAAGAAUUCUGGCGGGGAUGGUGAUGAAGAAGAUGAAGAGUGAGCAGUGUUUGUUAAAGACUAUGUCUAAGAUUUUGUUAUUGAUGGGUUUUUCUUAUUGGCCCUUCAUUUUAUUUCCUAUCCAUAUUUUUUUUUACUUGACAAUCUUUAAUGUUAGCCAGUAUUUUCAUACAGUUCCUUUUUAUUUUUACCUUUUAAAAGUUUCUUUUGCUACUAUAGAUAUGUAAUAAUAGAUAUAAUCAUUCACUUAUUUUACCCAAGUUCACCCGA